AAAAUUUAUCAAAAUGUGAUAUAACCCCACCAUAAAAAUACCUAAAAACACUUUAAUAACACAAUUAUCUUUAUUUUUUUGUGGUAUGUUAUUUAAAACAGUCAGACGUUUAUCAACAAUGAUAUCGAACGAAAGAAAUUUCAAAGCAGCCUUGAUCCAAAUGACAGUGGGUACUGAUCGAGAUAAAAACUUAGAGAAUGCAAAAAAAUUAAUCGGAGAGGCUGCUAGAAAUGGGGCAAAACUUGUGGUGCUUCCCGAAUGUUUUAAUUCGCCGUAUGGGACGAAAUUUUUUAGUCAAUACGCUGAGACGAUCCCCGAAGGACAAUCGAGUCAGGUUUUAUCGAAAGCGGCGAAAGAUAACCAAGUUUUUUUAAUUGGGGGGUCGAUUCCUGAAAAAGGAAUUAACGAAAAAUAUUACAAUACUUCAACGACGUGGAAUCCUAACGGAGAGUUGGUCGCGAAGUUUCGAAAAAUGCAUCUUUUCGAUAUCGAUAUUCCAGGAGGGAUUACAUUCAAAGAAUCGGAUAUAUUACACGGGGGAAACGAUUUGGCGACUUUUGAGAUGGGCAAGACGAAAAUCGGGGUUGGAAUUUGUUACGAUUUGCGAUUUGAAGAGCUAGCAAAACUUUAUAGGAUGAAAGGGUGUGAAAUUUUGGUUUAUCCAGGAGCUUUUAACAUGACGACAGGCCCUAUGCAUUGGGAAAUUCUUCAGAGAGGUCGCGCUUUGGAUAAUCAAGUGUAUGUUAUGGCUUGUAGCCCCGCGAGGAAUCAACAAGGUUACAUCGCUUUUGGACAUUCGCAAAUCACCAAUCCGUGGGGGAAAGUUAUUGCCCAAGCUGGACAUGAAGAGGAAAUUAUUUAUGGCAAUAUUGAUUUGGGAGAAUGCGAUAAAAUUAGACAACAAAUCCCUAUUUGGGAUCAAAGGAGAACUGAUAUUUAUGAUACUCAACAUAAACAGUAAAAAAGAUCUGCUUUAAUGCGUUUAUAACCUCAAAAUGUGUUACAAACGUCAACUGUAAUCAAUAGAAAUGUUUAUUUUAAUAUGUUUUAAACGAUUUUAAAGAAUAAAAUAAAAAAAAUAAAUAAAUAUAAUCCUA